AUGGCUUGUGUCCCGGAGCUUCUAUUGGCCACUUUGGAGGAACUGGUUGAUAAAGACCUGAGGACUCUCCAGUGGUUUCUUUACAAUAAUGUUCUCGAAGGAUUACCUCAUAUUCCAAAGUCUCGGGUUGAGGGCAGUGAUAGGCCAGGCACAGUGGAUCUUUUGGUGCAGACAUAUGGCUACGACGGUGCUAUUACUGUCACAGUGGACAUAUUGACCAGGAUGAAACUCAAACUAUGGGCUGAAACACUAAUAAGCAACUAUGAUGAAGGUAACACAUUUAAAAAGUCAGAAAUUGAUCGCCGUGCAAUCCGAGAAAGAUUGAAAUCCACUCUGAGGGAAAAGCACCAAAACUUUUAUGAAGGGAAUGCAGAUGAAGGGGACAUCAUCUAUCUGAAAAAAAUCUACACUAGGCUGCAUUUGAUUGAAGGAGCAUGGGGAAGCUUCAGUGAGGAACAUGAGGUCAGACAACAAAGGUCUGGGCAUGUAACAACAAAGGAAACCUCCAUUGAAGCAAGUGACAUUUUCAAACCACGCCCUAACCAAGAGAAGCACAUUAGAACUGUGCUUACCCAGGGUAUACCUGGAAUGGGUAAAACUGUCUGUGCACAGAAGUAUACGCUGAGUUGGGCAGAAGGGGAAGAAAAUCAGGACAUUACGUUCCUCUUUCCAUUUCCUUUCCGUGAACUGAAUCCCAACAUAGGCGAGAAGGACUGCAGUUUGAUACAGCUGCUCCAUCAAUUCUUCCCUGAGAUGAAACCUCUUGAGACACUGGGAACAGAAUGCAAAGUCCUGUUCAUCUUUGAUGGCCUAGAUGAGACUCUCCUCCCCUUGAAUUUCAAGCACAACAAGGUUGUGAGAGAUGAGACAGAGCCAGCUUCACUUGAUGUGCUGAUCACAAACCUAAUAACAGGGGAUCUGCUGGGCAACGCUCUCAUUUGGAUCACUUCUCGACCUGCUGCAGCCAGCCGUAUCCCACGAAAGUACAUCCAUCAGUGGACGGAGGUGAGGGGGUUUGUUAAUGAACAAAGGGAGGAAUAUUUCAAGAGGCGCUUGUGUGAUGAUAACCUUGCCACUAAGAUCAUCAAUCAUGUCAAAUCAUCAAGAAGCCUCUACAUCAUGUGUCAAAUACCAGUUUUCUGCUGGAUCACAGUCAGAGUGAUGAAGAAAAUGUUGCGUGACAACAUGACAGGAGCCAUGCCCAACACCUUGACUGAGAUGUAUGCACAUCUCCUUCUUUGCCAGAUGGACAGGAUGAUAGAAGGGCACUAUCCGAUGAAAAGCAGCAAUGUUGUUUUGAAGCUAGCAGAGCUGGCGUUCCGUCAGCUAGAGAAAGGCAACCUGAUCUUCUACGAGGCUGACUUGAAAGAGUGUGGUAUGGAUGUGAAGGAGGCUACCAUCUACUCAGGCGUUUGCACAGAGGUCUUCAUCAUGGAGGGGAGAAGAAGAAGGGAAGUUUUCAGCUUUGUACAUUUGACCAUACAGGAGUUUCUGGCAGCGGUACACGUCCACCACUCCUACACACAAAAGAAGGAAAAUGUUCUUCUUGGAUACCUGAAAAGGGUGUCUACAAGAUUGCUCCCCAAAUCUAUGUUCAGUUUUCACAAGACUGCCAUUGAAAAAGCCUUGGAGAAUCGGGAUGGCCGCUGGGACCUCUUUCUUCGCUUUCUUCUGGGACUGUCGCUGAAGUCCAAUCAGGAUCUCCUUGCUAGACUACUGCACUUGGAAACAGAUGGAGAAGAGAGGAGGGAUGAAGAUGUGUUAAAAACCAUCAAUUUUAUCAAAGAGAAGAUCAAAGAGGAACCAGAGGCUAAGCUCAAUCUGUUCCACUGCCUGAGUGAGCUCAAAGAGGAAUCUUUGGUGCAGGAGAUCGAGAAACUUGUGAGUUCUGGAAGGCUUGUUGCCAAAAAUCUGUCACCAGUCCAGUGGUCUGCACUCACAUUUGAACUGAUGACAUCUGAGGCAACAAACGAGUUUGACUUGAAGAAGUAUAUAAGAUCAGAUCAAGGGGUAGUGAAACUGCUGACCGUCAUCACUUCUGCUACACGUGCUCUGCUAAAUCGCUGCAACCUCACUGACAACUGCUGCAAAGACUUGGCCUCUGCACUGAGCUCGACCUCUUGUCACCUGACAGAGCUGGACGUGAGUGACAACAACCUGAGGGACUCAGGGGUGAAGCUGCUUUCUGUUGGAUUAGGGAGCCCUUAUUGCAAACUGAAGAGUUUAAGAUUACAGAAGUGUAAACUGGAAGGAGACUGCUGUGAAGCACUGGCUGGUGCUCUCAGCUCGGAGUCUACCCAACUCAAAGAACUGGACCUGAGUGCUAAUGACUUCCAGGAAGCAGGAGUAAAGGAUCUCUGUGUUGGACUACACAGCCAAUCCUGCAAACUGGAAACACUUAGGUUGAAUCAGUGCAAGCUGAAAGAGACUUGUUGUGCAGAUUUGGCUUCAGUUUUAUGCUCAGGCUCAUCUCACAUAAAACAUCUUGACCUGAGUAACAACAACCUGAAGGAUUCUGGUGUAUUUGUGCUUGCUGCUGGACUGAAGAGUUCACACUGUGGACUGGAAACACUCAGGCUCUGCCGGUGUGGCCUAACACAUACAUGUUGUGAACAGAUUGGUGCAGCUCUUAGCUCUGACUCAACUCACCUUAGAGAGCUGGACCUGAGUGGAAACAACCUGCAAGGACCAGGCAUACAUCUUCUCUCUGCUCAAUUGAGUAGUCCACACUGUGAACUUAAGACAUUAAGGUUAAAUGAAUGCAGUCUCCAGAAAUGCAGUGCUGAUUUGGCCGCAGUUCUCAGCUCAGACACCUCUCAGUUGAAAGAGCUUGAGCUGAGUGGAAAUGACCUGCAGGAUUCAGAGGUGAAGGAGCUCUCUGCUGGAUUGGCAAGUCUGGACUGUAAACUGGAGACUUUAAGGUUGUCGUUCUGCGGAGUGACAAAGGAAGGCUGCACUUAUUUGGCUUCAGCGUUGAACUCCAACCCUUCCCACCUGAGGGUGCUGGACCUCAGCUACAACUACCUGCAGGAUUCUGGAGUGAAGGUGAUCUCUGCUCAUCAGGACAAUCCACUCUGUAAACUGGAAAAGUUCAGUGUGGACCAUAAUGCAGAGUGCUACUUGAAAUCGACUCUGAAGAACUAUGCGUGUAUGCUGACAUUGGACACAAACACAGCUACCAGGUCCCUCUUCCUGUACGAUGGUGGAAAGCAGGUGACGUGGGUCAGGCAGCCACAGCAGUACCCAGACCAUCCCGAGAGGUUCGAGAGUGUGUCUCAGGUGCUGUGUCACCAAGGCCUUAACCAGCGGCACUACUGGGAGGUGGAGUGGCGAGGACGAUGGGUUGAUAUUGCUGUGGCGAUGAGAGGGAUCCGUCGGAGGGCAAGCUCUCAUUUGUGUGGGUUUGGUUACACAGACCAGUCCUGGAGUCUGUACUGCUCUGAGGACCACUACAUCGCUCAGCAUGACCACCAGUGUGUGGAGAUACCAGCGCAUCUGUCUCACUCUCGUAGGGUUGGAGUGUAUCUGGACUGGCCUGGUGGCACCCUGUCCUUCUACCGCAUCUCUUCUGGGACCCUCAGCCACCUUUACACGUUCAACAGCACCUUCACUGAGCCCCUAUUCGCUGGAUUUGGGAUGGAAGAGGAUGACUGCUCUGUAACUAUUUGCAAUGAUUGA